AUGGACAUAGAAAAAUACUUAGCGCGCUUUCCAAAUUCAAACACUAACCUAAAUAAAUUUAUUUAAAAGGAUAGUUUAAAUCUCAUAUGUACCUACAUUCCACCAAUAGUUAUACUUCAUAAAUAAUCAUAAAAAAUAGAUUUUUCAGAGACUAUGAGUCUUUUACAAAAUUAUCAAAAUUAUAAUACUUGCGAUUUUCGAUAAAGCCAUCUUGAUUUUGAUGGGAAAACAUGUAUUUAAAUUAUUUCUAUUCAGUUUAUGUUACCAUUCAUGAUGAAAAGAAAUCUAUUUUAAAGGAUGGAGAAGAUAAUGCUUUAGUUAUUAUUAAUUCAUAAAAUAUAAUUACAGUUGGCUUUGUAGAUUCAUUUUCAAAGUGUAAAAAACAAUUCCUCUAAACCUUAUACCUAUUUGAUAAAUUAAAAAAUGAUAAUUAUAAGUAAUUGUUUUGA